AUGACGUCAACAGCGUAUCCCCCCGGCAAGGCCAUCAACGGGUCCAACGGUGGGUUCUUUAAUGGAAGCCCCGAUGACGUCAUUAGCCAAAAAUAUCCACACGGUCAAUUUUUUAUAUUUAUUCUGAAUCCAGUGAUCGCGUCACGCCGGCCGGGAGUCUGCCGCUGGAUGUCACGCUCGGGGGACGCGACCGACCAGUCCUCGACGCCCUCGCCGCCGCCCUCCCCGUCGCCGCCCCUCUCGCCCACCCCCUCCUCCGCCUCCCCGCAGCCCCGCCCCCCGGGGGGCGCCCUCUCGGAGGACGAGCUCGUCUCGGACCUCUCCUCGGAGGCGGAGGAGGCGGCGGCGGCGGCGGCCCUGGGCGGCGCCCACCUCCCGGCGGCCCCGCGGAAGGUGUUCACCAACAGCCGGGAGCGGUGGCGGCAGCAGAACGUGAGCGGGGCCUUCGGGGAGCUCCGCAACCUCGUCCCGACGCACCCGCCCGACAAGAAGCUCUCCAAGAAUGAGAUACUCCGCAUGGCUAUCAAGUACAUCCGGCUGCUGACGGGCGUGCUGGAGUGGCAGAAGGCGCAGGAGGCGUCCAUCCAGAACAACAACAACGACGACUCGGUCUGCAACCCGUACCGGAGCUGCUCGGCGCCCUCUCUGGCGGCGCGCCCGGGCAGCAACGGGGUGCGGCGCCCCAAACGGCGCUUCCCGGGCCCGUACUCCAUGCCCCCGGCCCCGUACUCCAUGCCCCCGGCCCCGGGGCCCUGUCCCCGCGAGCCCCCCGCACACCCCUCCGCCCUCAGGAGCCUCUCCGUCCUCACGACCGCCGUCAAGAUCGAGGACGAGUCCGGCGCCAUCGUCCUCAAGAAUGAGGAGCCCUUCUGGCUCGCCAGGAAGAAGGAUGACGUCUGA